AGAGAGAGCAGGUUCUUUUUUUCCUCGUUUCCUCCUCUCCUGUCGUCCGCCUCCCAGUGUGGAUCUACCGGUUUGUCCAGCUCAGCCGUUAAUUUGUGACUGAACGAACGAGCGAGCGAGUGAGCACAGGCUUCUCAUUUUUGGACUAACAAACAAUAAAGGGUUUGGCAUCGGCCACAAACCAAAGGACAUUACUAAAGACAGGCACAGACGGGAGCAAGGGACACAGAGAGAGAGAAAGAGAGAGAGAAAGAGAGAGAGAGAGAGGGGAGAUAUUGGAUGUGAUGGUCAGAGUGCUUUGCCGAUAGGGAUGAUCAGUGCCUCUGUUUGCCUGCACUGAUACCGAAGGAAGAAGGGAUCUGACUGAAGGAAGAACGGAUCUGAUAGAAGGAAGAAGGGAUCUGAUAGAAGAGAGACGUUUUCUCAGUGCACACCACAGGAAAGGGAGGAUGACAGAACGUCUACCAGCUCUUUCCUAGAGAAAUGUCAGCGUCCAGCGGUGCAAGCACCAGCAGCAGUAGCCACGACAACCUCCCCCACCACGACAGCAGCAUCGGCAGCGUUGCCUCGGCAACCAUCUCCGGCGACGACUCCUCCCAGCGCCCCCCGGCCCCUCCCGUGCGGGUGGCCAGCGGACUGCGGGACUCGUCCUCCUCCUCGGCGACCACCUCCUCCUCCUCAUCCUCUUCCUCCUUCAGCUCCUCACUGGUGGCCGCCCCCCUCCCUGUGACCAAACCGUUGCCCAUGGCGCCCGAGGAGAAGAACCGCAAAGCCCGGCUGAGGUCCAUCUUCCCUGGGGGGGACAAGUCGAACAAGAAGAAGGAGAAGGAGAGGCCAGAGAUCUCCCUACCGUCCGAUUUUGAACACACCAUUCAUGUGGGCUUUGAUGCCAUCACUGGGGAGUUCACGGGUAUACCGGAGCAAUGGGCGCGCCUCUUGCAGACGUCCAACAUCACAAAGAUGGAACAGAAGAAGAAUCCGCAAGCCGUCAUCGACGUUCUGAAGUUCUAUGAUUCAAAAGACACCACCAGCAAUCAGAAAUACAUGAGCUUCACCUCGGGAGAUAAAUCAGCACAAGGUUAUAUGGCUACAAACACCCUGAAUCGGCUGUUGUCCUCUGGUCCGCCUGUGAGUCUCAGGAGUUGCAGUACUCUCUUUGAUAAGAUCCCUUUCCCUGCCCUUCAGGGUGCGAAGCUGACGUCCGACUCCCCCCUGGCCCCCCCGGUGUCGGAGGAGGAAGCAGAUGAUGAUGAUGAUGACGAUGAAGAUGAGGACGAUGAUGAGGAAGAAGAAGAUGAUGAUGAUGAGGUCCCUCCUGUCAUCGCCCCGCGACCAGAACACACUAAGUCGAUUUACACACGCUCUGUCCUGGACACCUCGUCUAACGCACACACACUCUCUCCGGCGGCACACCCCCCUCCAAUCCCAGAGGACCCCUCCCCCCCAGAGUCAAAGGUGGAGCCUGACGUCACGUCGACGACGGCCACAUCCAGCGCCCUCUAUCGCCAUACCGACCGCCAGAGAAAGAAAUCAAAGAUGACUGAUGAGGAGAUACUAGAGAAGCUCAGGAGUAUCGUGAGUGUUGGUGACCCCAAGAAGAAGUAUACUCGUUUUGAGAAGAUUGGCCAAGGAGCUUCCGGAACUGUCUACACAGCGAUAGACAUUGCUACUGGACAGGAGGUGGCUACAAAGCAGAUGAACCUCCUGCAGCAGCCCAAGAAGGAGCUGAUCAUCAACGAGAUCCUGGUCAUGAGGGAAAACAAGAACCCAAACAUCGUCAACUACCUGGACAGCUACCUGGUGGGAGAUGAGCUGUGGGUUGUUAUGGAAUACCUGGCUGGGGGUUCAUUAACAGACGUUGUCACGGAAACAUGCAUGGAUGAAGGACAGAUUGCAGCUGUGUGUCGAGAGUGCCUGCAAGCCUUGGAAUUCCUCCACAGUAACCAAGUGAUUCAUCGUGAUAUAAAAAGUGACAACAUUCUCCUGGGAAUGGAUGGAUCUGUUAAACUGACGGAUUUCGGCUUCUGCGCCCAGAUCAGUCCAGAGCAGUCCAAGCGGAACACCAUGGUAGGCACACCCUAUUGGAUGGCUCCCGAGGUCGUGACCCGGAAGAGCUACGGCCCAAAGGUCGACAUCUGGUCACUCGGCAUCAUGGCCAUAGAGAUGGUGGAGGGAGAGCCACCGUAUCUGAAUGAAAAUCCCUUAAGGGCUCUGUAUCUCAUAGCCACAAAUGGAACGCCGGAACUGCAGAGUCCGGAGCGGCUGUCGUCCGUGUUCCGAGAUUUCCUGAAAAGGUGUCUGGAGAUGGACGUGGAAAGGCGAGGAUCGGCGAAAGAACUGCUGCAGCACUCAUUCCUGAAGCUAGCGAAGCCCCUGUCCAGCCUAACCCCACUCAUCAUAGCAGCCAAGGAGGCCAUCAAGAACAGCAGCCGUUAGCUGCCUGCUAACAAACAGUAAACGACACCAACGGACAGCGGCACAUGCUAACAGCUAAGAACUGCUGGCUAUUGAUGAGGAAAGGCUGCUAUUGCUAUCAGCAAGCUGGCAGCAGCAGAAUACUAUGCGAACAGAUGACUGAGAACAUGAAAAAGAUAGCUGCUAUCGUUAACUGCUAACAGUUACAGCCAAUGGUUUAGUCGUGCAUAUAUUAGCGAAAAAGACAUUACCACCAAUCGCUACCGGAAAGCAACAACUCUGACAUGUGCAUACUGUUAGCUGUUAUCGCUAACAGCUAACUACCAGCAGCUAACAAUAAUGGUUACAUUUUUGUGGAAGAUUUUUGGGUAGCCUCUCUAACAGCCAAUGAGCUGUGGACACAAACAGACUGAUGCUCUAGUAAAUGGCUACCAGCUUCUCAAGGUGUAUGUGGAGGUCCACCCAAUGGUAGAGAAACCACACACACACACACACACACACACAAACACACACACACACACACACAGUCCUGCUCAAACCCCCAGACACACACACUAAAGAAAUGGAUGCUAAAAAAUAGCCUUCUUAAUUCGUUCCUCAAUAUAAAGUAUAGGCCUACCUGCAUGAAUUCUGUUCAACCAUAUACUAUUACAAGAAGUGUGUGUGUGUUUGUGUUUGUGUGUGUGUGUGUGUGUGUGUGUGUUUGUUUAUGUGUGUGAGUGUCCGCACACACGUCUUUGUGUUUCCAACCACUUUUGUUUUGUUUUGUUGUGUGUGUGUAAGUCUUUUUAGGCUUCUUGUCUUAACAUCUUACUAUUUAUUUUCUUGGCUGUAUUUAUUUGUUUUGUGCUGCAUGUGUCUGUGUGUGUGUGUGUGUGUGUGUGUGUGUGUGAGAUAGAGAGAGUUGGGUGAGCAUAUUUGUGUGUUGAGUAGUGGGCUACCUCAUGAUUUGGUGCUGUGAAUGCUGGAGUUGGGUAUUUACUAACCUCAGCUUUGCGAUCCAUGUGUGUAUAUGUGUGUGUGUGUGUGUGUGUGUGUGUGUAUGUGUGUGUGUGUGUGUGCAUGUAUGUGUGUGUGUGUGUGUG